UAAACCAGACCCGUUUAAAUAGUUGGCUUUUGCUGACGUCCUGCUCAGGGACUUUUGAAUUAAAAUUCCUGUCUCGUAUUCGCAUCUUGAUGUUGGUGCUUGGUGCAUGUGUUAUCAAAAAGUUCUUAGUGAGGUGAUUCAAGUAUUUUAGCAAUAAAGAUGGCGCUAGUGAGAUGUGCUAUGCUCACAUUGAUAUCAACAGUAUGCGUUCUGUGUCAACGACCUGGCUUCGCUGGGCGCAGACCUAUCGGCUAUCCCGAAUUGUAUGACCUCACUACCACCGCUCCUGAUCCUCUUGGAAAUAGAUUUGGCGAAAGCACUGGGACGACCGAACGUUUGCCACUUGAAGCUAAUGGAGACCGAGACUUAGUGGCCCGACUUAGCAAAUUACCUGUAGACAAGCAACCGUUCUGGUUCAUCAACUGGAAAGCUCUAGAAGCACAAAGGAAAUCCCCACAAACAUACCCUCUAAGACCAAACCCAUUUGUAGAGUCAGGAAACAAUGUUAAUCAAAAUAUUCCAGCAAAUGCUAAUUCAAAUUCUAAUGCAUUUUCAAAUCCUAAUUCAAACUCUAAUCCGAACUCUAAUUCAAAUUCUAAUUCAAAGGCUAAUUCUUUUUCAAAUCCAAAUGUGCAACCACAAUUUUUAAAUGACCCAACCACUUUAAAUCAAUUUUCUAACAAUGGUGGAGAUCUUCAAAACAGAUUCAACAGCUAUCCAAACUCAAAUUCAAAUGCACCUCAAAUACAGACAAUUUAUUACAAACCUGAACAAUACUCAUUCCUGCCUAGUGUAGCACAAGGGCAAGCCUCAUAUUUAAAUAAUGGACUUCCCAAUCAAUAUUUACAAAAUCAAAAUAAUCAGCCAGUAGCAAAUUCACAAAACUCUUACAAUUUCAAUCCAUCUACUACAGCUGGCCAAGGUGUGAUUCAGAAUAGAUUCAGUGAUGUACAAACUCCUACCAGCUCUAACAAACCCUUCAUUAGUGCGUUGCCUCCAGAUGAGUUCAAGGUUUUGAAAGUUGAAAGUGUUUCUAGUCUUACAACUCCAGAGGGUAAGGUUACUCUUACCAAUCCUAGCCAAGAGUUCAGUGUACCACAGAUCAAUGCCGGAAACUUUGGCCCUACACCACAAGGUGGUAUUAAAAAAGACCCUUCCAAUUUUGAAAUUGAAAAUAGCAAAGUUGUUUACUACAGCUCUGAUCCUCAAAAUCCUAACGGUGCUGUUCCUGUUCCAACUAUAGGUGUAAAUACUCCUUUGGCUAUAUCCCCAAACAAUGGAGGUCCACCUCGAAACAUCACAUCUGGGUUACAAGUUUUAAACAGUAAGAUUACCCACAAAGAUAUUGACGUACCCAACGGUCAGAAUCCAGAUGCUAAGAUUAAAACGCAAAAUACAAAUUUUAAUACUAUGACAUCGACUGAUGAACACACAGUAACAACUGACCCUAAGACUAAUAUUACAAGACAUAUGCAUAAAUGGGGCUAUCAAAAUCAAUAUAAUUAUACGUAUGACUACCAAUAUCAUGUACCUUACACAUAUACUAUACAGCCAACAAAAUUAACCUAGGUACAUGUACUUACUAUUUUUAUUAAACACUUAUCAAGUACUUACAGAGCGGUUCCUGAAGACAGGACUCGGCGUGGCGCACGCUUGUAAAGGCCAUGUGUACUGGGGUACUGGGAAAAACAUGCUCACUGAUCAACAAGUCUAUACAUAUACUCAUUAGUA